UCAGCGACUUAUAGAAGGACUGCGGGGCAAAUUCUGACACUGGGGGGAACUGACUUGGUGUCGUUGACAUCCCCAGUGACACCAAUACAGUGAUCAGUGUUAAUAAACAGCACUGGCACUGUACUAAUGGCACUGGGCAGGAAGGGGUUAACAUGUGGGGCGAUCAAAGGGUUAACUGUGUGCUGUUUAACUGUGUGCUGUGCAGUUUACACUGUAAGCACACUGCAUUGUAUGGUUCUGCUAUGCAGAGCCGUACAAAGCAGUGUGCAGGAGCUGAAGGGAGAGAAUUGUGUUGUUUAUACACAGGUCUCUCCCUCGUCGGUAAUACUCGGCAAUCACUGGCUGGGACCCGGU